GCAACCUUGGAAAGCUCUCCCCGGUUUGCCUUCUCCCUCCUUCCUGCUAAUCUUCUGUCUAUCUAUUUUUUUCUUCACCAUGCUUUCAUCAACCUCUCUGAAACCCAUUACCAAUCCCAAAAAUUUGGUCUUUUCUUCAUUCUUAAACCAAAACCCAUCUCUUUUUUCCUUUCACCCUUCUUUCCCGCUUUCAAAAACCCUCCUAAAACCCAUCUCAGCUACUCUUAUCCCCUCCAACCCCCAACCUCAACAGCAACAACUUUACCAACCUUUUAGGCCACCCCCAUCUCCUCUCCCUUCCCAAUUCCGUUCCCUUGACGUCGCAGCUCGCCUUGAAGUCUUAGCCAACCGCGGUGGACUUUGGUUUGAAUAUGCCCCCCUCAUUCCUUCACUUUACCAAGAAGGUUUUUCGCCUCCUUCUGUAGAAGAAACGACUGGGAUUUCUGGGGUUGAGCAAAAUAGACUGAUAGUAGCUGCCCAGGUAAGAGAAUCACUUAUUCAAUCCAAAACUGAUGAAAAUGUUGUAUCUUUUUUUGAUACUGGUGGUUCUGAGUUGCUUUAUGAAAUAAGGCUUUUGAGUGCUAAGCAAAGAGCUGAAGCUGCUCGUUUCAUACUUGAACAUGGGUUGGAUCCUAAGGGGGCUCAAGAUUUAGCUAGAGCAAUGAAGGAUUUCGCAAGAAGGAAAACAGAUAAAGGUUGGAAAAGUUUUGACUAUCAGCUUCCGGGGGAUUGCUUGUCAUUUAUGUACUAUAGGCAAAGUAGGGAACAUAAGAAUCCUUCUGAACAAAGAACUUCUGCUUUAAGGCAAGCAUUGAAAGUGGCUGAGUCUGAGAGUGCUAAAAAAGAGCUGUUAGAAGAGUUAGAAUGUGGGGAAGAUGGAAAAGAAGAGAAAGAAGAGGAUUUGGAUUAUGGGGUUCGGGUUCCUGUAGUUAGGUUGAAGAUUGGUGAAGUUGCUGAGGCUAGUAGCGUGGUGGUUUUGCCGGUUUGUAAGGCGGAGGAGAAGGAUAGAGAGAUUUUGCAGGCACCUUUGGAGUGUAGAAGUAAAGGGGAUUUCGGUGUAGUGGAGGCUGAGAAAGGGUGGAACAGGUGGGUGGUUUUGCCAGGUUGGGAACCGGUUGUGGGGUUGAGUAAUGGGGGAGUUGUGGUGGCAUUUGGGGAUGCGAGAGGUUUACCCUGGAAGGCAAAUAGGUGGUAUAAGGAAGAGCCUAUUUUGGUAGUUGCUGAUAGGAGUAGGAAGGAGGUGGAGUUUGAUGAUGGGUUUUAUUUGGUGACAGUUGAUAGUGGUGAGCUGAAGGUUGAUAGGGGAUCAGCACUGAAGGAAACGGGGGUGAAGGAGAGUCUAGGAACUGUGGUUUUGGUGGUUAGGCCACCGAAAGAAGAAACUGACAAUCAAUUGAGUGAUGAAGAUUGGGAGUGAAAAGAAUAGGAGGUGAGUGAUGGUAGAUAUAUUAAUCUUGAUUGCCAAUGGAGAUUAAUUGAGUUCCAUCUACAACUAUAAUAAUGUUGCUUGAAGUUCAGAAACAUAUGGGCUUCAAUUUAAUGCCCUGUAGCUAGAUUUGUGCAUUGCAUUCUGUUGGCCAAAUGAUGGCUUCGAUUUGAGCUAAUGAACUUAAUGUAAUACUCUGCUCCAUUGUUGGCAGGAGGCAGUUCACUUUUUGUUAUAUAUUUAGCAUGUAAUACAUAAAAUGAUUCAACUACAGAUAUAAUCCUUUCUGUUAGCAGUA